AUAUGAUUGAAAAACAUAUUGAAUCGACAAAAUAAGGCAAUAAAUAUGUUUAAACCAAAGAGCAAACCCUCCAAAAACUAUAGAGAUUUGCCUCUCAAUGAUGGCAUCGAUGAGACCAAUUGCGAUGCAAUUGUAUUGAUAUCACUGAAUGCCUCGAAAGAGCAUUUGAGUGGAUCUCUGGCUAAAUAUGCCGAACCUCUGGAGGCCUACAAACAGGCGAACCAUUCAUUUGAUAAGGAGGGAGGGGUU